GCUGUCAACAUGGCCGGUGUUAUGUGCGCCAGAGUCCUCCUUCAGAGAUCCACACGUCUCCUUUUCUUCUCCAGGGCAGCACCUGUUUUCUCAAGCCCAUUUCUGUCUCGUGGUCAUCGAUUGGGUCCCAGCGAUGAUGAGAUGUACCAGCGUACCUCAGUGUCCGUCAUGCAGAAGGAGCCAGACAGUGGGGUCAUGAUAAACAGCUACAGUUCCCGAGGAUUCAACAUCGAUGGCAACAGAGUGUUUGGUCCAUGCGCUGUGCUGCCUCCUGCUAUCCUGCAGUGGAAUGUUGGCAGUUAUAAAGAUAUCACAGAAGAAAGCGUGUCACUUUUCCAUAUGCUUGAACCAAGAAUAGAGAUUCUAGUGCUGGGCACAGGUGCACGAGUUGAAAGAAUUAACCCUUCAGUGUUGGCUCUGCUUAAGAAAAAAGGCAUCGCUGUAGAGGUGCAAGACACGCCGAAUGCAUGUGCAACCUUCAACUUCCUGAGUAGUGAGCGAAGAGUAGCAGCUGCUGGUCUGAUUCCUCCACCCGUCAGCACCGCCUUGGAGGUGACACAGGAAUAGCUGUGAACAGAAACUAAGACUCUUUCCUUCAG